UCCCCCUGGCUGGCAGCUAUGCACCUCGCCCUGCUGUGUGCCGUGUGUCUGCUGCCCAGCAGCCUGGCCCUGCCGCUGCCCCGGGAGGCGGGAGGCACGACCGAGCAGCAGUGGAAACAGGCUCAGGACUAUCUCAAGAGAUUUUAUUCCUAUGACUCGCAAACCAAAAGUGCCAGCGAUUUAGAAGCCAAGCUGAAGCAGAUGCAGAAGUUCUUUGGCCUGCCCACAACUGGAGUACUAAGUCCCCGCGUCAUAGAAACAAUGCAGAGACCCAGAUGCGGAGUGCCAGAUGUUGCAGAAUACUCACUAUUCCCAAAAAAGUCAAAAUGGACUUCCAAAAUAGUCACCUACAGGGUUGUAUCAUACACUCGAGAUUUACCAUCUAUCAUAGUGGAUCGAUUCGUGGAAAAGGCCUUAAAGAUGUGGGGCAGACAUAUUCCACUGCUCUUCAAGAGAGUGAGGUGGGGAACUGCUGACAUCAUGAUUGGCUUUGCAAGAGGAGCUCAUGGGGACUAUUACCCAUUUGAUGGACCAGGAAACACACUGGCUCAUGCCUUUGAACCCGGGCCAGGCCUCGGAGGAGAUGCUCACUUUGAUGACGAUGAAACCUGGACUGAUGGCAGCAGGAUAGGUAUCAACUUCCUGGUUACUGCAACCCAUGAAUUUGGCCAUUCUUUGGGUCUGGGCCAUUCCUCUGACCCUAAAGCCGUGAUGUAUCCAGUCUACGGAAGUAGAGAUGUCAACAAUUUCAAACUUUCACAAGAUGAUAUUGAAGGCAUUCAGAAAAUAUAUGGAAAGAGAAAUAAUUGAACACAUGACUGGAAACCUCAGGGAGAGCAUCCCCUCUUCACUGAAGUCUGGACCAUUGUUCCCCACACCCUGCACUCACUCAGCACUCCCCCCGCCCUCUCGGGGGGCACUGGGUUUUGCACGGCUCUGCCUCUUUCCGAGGAUAAACUCCCUGGAGCAUGACUGUACCUUACUCGUCUAUGACUCUCCUCACCCAACUUUCAGUCCUAGAGAUCAACAUAGGUUAUA